CCCAAAGACGACAGACCGAGACCAGAGACCAGGUUCAGAAAACAUACAUAAAAAAAACCGAUACCGCAAUAUACUCGGAGAGAUCAAUCUAACGAACAACCAGUUCGAAACAAAAGAAGCUGCCAAUGCGCAUGCUCCACUGUUUGUGUGUGUUAAAUUUACAAAAAUUGGAAUUUGUUUAUUUGUUGGUUUUUUGUGGGUAAAAGUAAAGUAAAAGUUUGAAGAACUGACUGACGACAAACCGUCAAGCGACAGCUGUGUGGCCAAGUGGGGAAUUAAAUGCUUAUCGACAGUCGCAGCUGAAAGACACGCGUGUCGCGAAACAAUUUCUCAAUACUAGCUCCACUUUCAACAGACUCCAAACGCACUUAAUAUGUGGAAUAGCAGAAGAAUUAAAAUGCCAACUCUUACGGUGAAUGUGAUACUUAUUAUCCUUGGCUGCCUCCUUCUGUCGGUGGAAGGCCUGAAUCUCGAAUUGAGUCCCUCGACAGCGGCGCGUAGUGCUCGUCUUAUGCGAUUUCUAACCGAUCCUGCCACCAUAAAUCGUCGUGCUAAUGCUCCUGGGCAGUUCGCUCGCGUUCGUCCGAGUGUGGAAAAUGUACAUCCACCAGCUGGCUGGAGGCCACCGCCAGGUCCGCAAUUGAUACGUCGCGAAUUCAAUAACAAUUUCCCGAAUGGAGGACGUUUUGCACAUGCCAAGGAUGCUGCUGUGCUGGAUGUGGGCAAGAGUCAGUUCUACAGGCCUAAAGAGAUUCAACAGUACAAUCAUCAAUCCAAUCAAUACACACAGAACUUUAAGGCAUCGCCUCAUUUCAAUGGUGUUGCUAUAAAAAGUGAAGUCAACAAAUUCCCCAAUUACGCGCCCAUUCAACAGCACGCCAUUCCAGUUGAGGCCAACAAAUAUCUGGCCUACAAGCAGGCACAAGUUCAAGGGCAAGGACAGGGCCAGGGACAUGGUCAAGGACACGGUCAGGGACUGGGACUGAGUCAAGGGCAAGUGCAGUCAUUUGGACAGGCAGCAGCCUAUGCCGAUGUCGCCACGAAACAAGCUCUGCAAUACAAUCAAUUUGGACAAGCCCAGAAUAGCUAUGCUGUCUACGAAGAUGCUGAGAAUGCGGCUAAAGCGGCGGCCAACUUUGGACAAAACUAUCAGCAGUCGCAGCCCGCUGUGCCCCCAAAAUUGACGAAAGCAGCUGAGGAGUAUUUGCAUUUCAUGAGCACCAACGAGUAUUUCCUGCCCCGACAUGAGCCCAACUACAAGCAAAUCGAUCUGGAACGCGAUCAAAUCAAGUAUCAGCAUCAGCAGCAAAAAUUAAUACAAAAGGAACCACAAGCCCAACCCCAAUUGCAUCACCUGCCGGACACAAGUGCUUCAUCCAGUUACAACAAACCUUUGCGUGCAGCAGAUCUCUUCUACCAACAGGAUCCUGCUCCUGGCAAUUCGGCUGUGGUUCGAGGCAGUUAUCAGGCGGGUCAGAAUUCCUUUGUCGUUAAGUCCGAUGGCAACAAAUCGGUGAAGCACAUUUUAUCUACUUCAUUAGCUUCGAAACCAACUCAACCCCAACCUGCACCUCAACCUAAAGCUCAAACACCACCUGUGACCUACAGCCAUGUUUGGCAUAAGACAGAAAAGCCAGAACCCCUGAGAUUUGAGUUUACCGAACACGAUGCCAUUAAAGGUUCUGCCAGCUACACAAAUGCGCCGCAGGGACAAAAGUUUUAUUACGAGACACAUCCCUCUACUCCUCACAUCCCCACGGUCAGCGCAGCUCCAAUUAUUGAGAACGUAAAGCCAGUGCAGGAAGUUCCAGUCAUCGCUAAGGAUAAUAAUGAAUAUGCUAAUAAGAAUGCGGAAGUGCAGCCAAAUCCACAGCCUGCAGUCACACCGGAUCCAGCCGAGCUCGAAACGGACAAGGAAGCUUAUUGUGAGAAGAUUUGUGCCAAUGUUUACGAUGAAAAUGAUGAAAUUGUCUGUGGCUCCGAUGGAUAUAUGUACACUGGGGAAUCACAACUAGAAUGUUAUUCAUCCUGCUUGAAUAUUGAGGUUUCCAUAAAGAGUAAAGGAUCAUGUUCUUAAAUAUAAGCUUUAUAUUUAAAAUAUUUAUUUGCUUAGAUAUAAUUCCUUAU